UCUAGUGACUUCCUGCCUUCCUCCCUACGGUUCUCUCUUUCGCUGCUUGAACGUCGCCAUCAUGGGUCGCAUGCACGCUCCUGGGAAGGGCCUGUCCCAGUCGGCUCUGCCGUACCGUCGCAGCGUGCCCACGUGGCUGAAGCUCACCUCAGACGACGUGAAGGAGCAGAUAUACAAGCUGGCCAAGAAGGGCCUGACGCCCUCCCAAAUCGGUGUGAUCCUGAGAGAUUCUCAUGGUGUGGCACAAGUGCGAUUUGUGACUGGCAACAAAAUUUUGAGAAUCCUGAAGUCCAAGGGACUUGCCCCUGAUCUUCCUGAGGAUCUUUAUCACUUGAUUAAGAAAGCUGUUGCUGUACGCAAGCAUCUUGAGAGAAAUAGAAAGGAUAAGGAUUCUAAAUUCCGUCUGAUUCUGAAUGAGAGCCGAAUUCACCGUCUGGCUCGGUACUAUAAGACCAAGAGAGUGCUCCCACCCAAUUGGAAAUAUGAAUCAUCCACAGCUUCUGCUCUGGUUGCAUAAAUUUCAGCUUAUGUUGUACUUAAAAUAAUAAAAAUUACAUCUAAUUGAA